AUGGAACGUGUUUACAAUCCACAGGCGAUAGAUCUGAACAAAGUCGGUUUUCCCCUUGAUAUCCCAGGCUCAGAAGAUGUAGUUCUUAACGUUGUACCAUCUCUGAGUGAAAUCUGCUUAGCUGUUUUAUCUCCCAAGCGUAUUCCAAAUAAAUUUCGGCUGGAUCUACAUCAACAAGUUCAUCACCAGUUGAAGCCAGGAUCUUGGCGAUAUCGACCGUCAAGGAGGACUGGCCAAUUGUGCACGAUUUGUCGUAGGCUGUUUCCUGUCUUUCUGGACUACGAGGACCACUUGAGGAAUGGAAACUGCGCUAGCGAGGAGCCUCCAGAUCCAAUUCCGAUUCAUAUGUCCGAUUCUGGCAACAUUCCUUUGAAUUAUGGGUUUAAUUCGAUUGCGCAGGUAGCAAAGAAAUCCCGGUUAAUGAUUUGCUCUUUGUGCCACGAUGACCGUUUUUCGUCUUCUAAACAGUUUCAUGAGCACAUUAUAAAUUGUGGAAGAAAACUUGCUGUCCUUUAA